AUGGCACCCGACCGCUCUCCCGAAUCCGCUGCUGAACGAGCGCUGAAUCGGCUCCAUCACCAAGACUUUGUGGCUCUGCGCCGUGCGGCUGCCCAGCUCAGUGUCCUGAGCAAGGACAAGAAAGCAGAUGUCGUGUUUCGGACACGUCUGGUCUCGAUGCAUGGCACCCUCAAUAUCUAUCUCAGCUCCGCGUUUAACUACACCUGGCGCCAGGCUUCAACUCUCAUCGCCCAUUCGCAGGGCCUUGGGAAUCAUCAUGCCCGUCGCAUCCGCGACUGGCUUCACACCUUUCUGUCAACUCGAAAGCUACCGGUGCACAUUAUUAGUGUAAAUGACGGCGACUCCCUUUUGGAUGACGAAGACUUUGCACUUGCAAUCAAAUUGCACCUGCAGACAGUUUGCGCGAAGAACAAGCACUUCCGAGCUCAAGACAUCGUCGAUUUUGUGGCGUCUGCAGGAAUGCAGGAACGACUGGAGACGGCGGGCAUUCAAAAGAGAUCGAUUUCUGUCCGCACCGCUCGACGUUGGCUUAAGCGGAUGGAUUGGCGGUUUGGAGCUCGGAAAAAUGGGAUGUAUGUUGAUGGACAUGAGCGCGAGGAUGUGGUGGCAUAUCGAGCCGCAUUUGUGAAGUGA